UUUCAUUUAGUUUCGGCCAAGCACGCGCGACGUGCGGUUGUACGGGAGGUGCGCCCCCAUUUGACGUGGGACUGAUACUCGUACAAAUAAUUUGAUGUAUAUGUGCAUUUACCUUUGGUUUUUUCCAAUUUCAUGAAUCAAAAUGUGUGCUGUAAAGUGUAUUAUUGCUGCUUUCAUACUGUCUUAUAGUUUUGUUUUCUCUUGGGAUAUUGCAAUCACCGCGGGGGACCAAUUAGAAUUCUACACAAACAAAACAAGAACUAAGAAUGAAGGCGAACGGUUCCGAGAUCUCACAGCCCUGGCUUACGAUGCCGUCCACAACAUGCUGUUAUUUGUCGAUAAGCAGAAUGACAACGCGUCUAUAUUUAGCUUUAACUUAAGCACCAAGAAGUACAAACCACUUGUAGGAAGGAAAUCUUAUGAGAACAUACAAGGAGUAGCGUUCGACCCUAUCACGGGAAAACUGUUCUGGACGGAUUCGUACGAAAGAAGCAUUUAUUGGACGUCACUCACACCGAGGUCGCAGAAGGAUAUUUAUGGGAGUGUUUUGAUCAAGUUCCAACAUGAGAUCCCGAGGGAUAUUGCCGUCGAUAGUUGCAGAGGAUACAUCUACUGGACAAACACAAAUAUCACGAAACCAACAAUCGAAUGCGCACGCUUCGACGGAACUGAAAGGAAAGUCAUCAUUGACAAAGAUAUACACAUGCCAGUCAGUAUUGCUGUUGAUCAACGAACUGAAAGACUGUAUUGGGCUGAUGAUAAGGAAGGCAUACACUAUUCAAUCGAAUCAUCAGACCUAAUUGGAGAAGAUAGGAAGAAAAUACUAGCAGGAACUUACCACCAACCUAAUGCGUUGGCUGUAUCAAAGGAUUCAAUUUACUGGGUAGAUUGGGGCUACAAGUCUGUUUGGAAACUGGACAAAGAAGCACCACCGUAUACUGAUCCUGAAGAGAUAAUAUCUUUCGCUACAGAAGCACCGUUUGGUAUCGUUGCAAAUUAUGAGAUCGAGGAUCAAACAGCAGGGAUUUUGGAAUGCAAAAGGCUAUCAGAAUACGCUCACAACAAAUCUCAGAUUAAUGAAUCUUUUACGAUACCGACGGACGUCGGUUUGUUCUGUUUGCACGGAGUUAAGAAUGGUAUUGAAUGUACGUGCUCGGCGGGAUUCGUCGGUGAUCGGUGCGAAAUAUCUCUGUGUCAGAACUAUUGUCUCGCCGGGGAAUGUUUGAUAACGAAUGGACAGCCCUCCUGCAGGUGUAAGAAAGGAUUCACGGGAAGUAGAUGCGAGGUGAACCUGUGUUCUGGUUACUGUUUGAACAAUGGUGAUUGUUCGGUCAGCGACGAAGAUAUACCUCAGUGCAUGUGUCCGAACGAAUUCGAAGGAGAAUGGUGUGAGACGCGACAGCAAGUCAUAGAGAACACAGCGACAUCUCACGUGUGCAAUUGCACAUCGGAUAAUAAUAGCAGACAAUCGGAUCGUCCAGUGAGCGACGAUGUUUAUGUCGAGUCGUGUCCGAGCUGGGACCCUGUGCGCGAUCCGAUACUCAUGGUCCUGGGGGCCGUUUGUGGUCUGCUGUGCCUACUGUCCGCCGCGCUCGUCACCAAGAUAAUGCAGCUGAAGAAUCGACCAAGAAUAAAGAAACGUAUAAUAGUAAACAAGAACGUGACCCCACUAACAGCGAGACCCGACCAAUGUGAGAUUACCAUUGAGAACUGCUGCAACAUGAACAUCUGUGAAACGCCGUGUUUCGAACCAAAUUCCACAAUACGACCAAACCUUCUGGACUCCAAGCCAGGAAAAGAAGAGAAGAGAAACCUCAUAUCUAAUAUGGAGACAGCUGAUGACUAUUAGAUAAAGGACAGUUACUUAGUUAUGUACUUAAAUACAACCCUCGCCAAACUUCUGUUUCACUCUGAAGUUGGCACGCGCGCCUGUUUCCGCGGAUAUAUUACUCAUGCGCCUCUUCCCAGUUUUAUUGCUUGUUAUGUAAUUCGCAGCUACAGAUAACGCGCAAGUUGAAUGCAGAGUUCAGGAAUACGAUAGUGCUGUGAGUGUGUCGAUAAAUUUAAACAAUUUAGUUUACCAAUUUAACCUAAUAAUUAAAUCUCAAAUUUUCGUUCUGCCUUUCUUCAACACACAUGUCUAGAACAUUAAUCGCGAUAUCUCGUGCUUUGGCGAUGAAUAAAAACUUGUUUUUUCGGAUUAAUAAAAUAAAAAGUAACAUGGGUUCGCAACUUCAGUAUUAACGCAAUAAAACGGUAAGAGAUAACAUAACUGACAAGAACGGCACAGCACUACACUACAGGCGCGCGAGGCGAGUCGUGCGGAAAGCGGGGGGAGAUGGUCCAGACUGCAUUCAACUCGCGCGAUAUCUAUACAUCGCAUCAAACUUGAAGUUUGGCGAGACAUGUCCCAGUAGUGGAUCCAAAGUUUUUUCAUUGUGAUAUUCGUUGUAGGCUGUCGUCCACCAUUUUAUGAAUUGUGUAAAAUUCUGGUGUCGUUUGGUUGUGCUCACAUUAAUCGAACAAAGACGCAUUAUUUUUAAAACCUAUCUCCAAGACUUUACUCGGUAUCGGAUAUCUUUCAUACACCAUUUUUAAAGAUUUACGUAUGUCUAUGAAUCAAUUCCGACGUGUGAUUUAAUUUUAAUUUCCAGUAAUGAUCGAGGAUAUAUAUGUAUCAUAAAUUGAGACCGAAAUGUGCACUUCGCACUUUAAUUAAAGUGAUAAAAUUAUAACGUCGUAAUUCUGAAACAUCUGAUGCGAGAGAGUAAAAUACAAGGCCCUUAACACACUUUCGAUUUUUGUCUUAAUUAGAAAUUGCCAGUGCGCAGAAUCUGCCAGCAUAUAUAUUUUUUAUAUAAUUUAGCUUAAAAUCUGAGUACAAGUAAACUAGAUUUUAAGUAACUGUACAAUAAUAUAUGAAAUCUAAAUUGUCUUUUAGUUCAUAAUGCCUGUGUCUUUCAAAUACCUACAAUUUUAAAUAUUAUUUGAAUAUAUUUUGCUAAUAAACACCGGAAGCGAAGCAAAUAAGGCUAAUUAGUUUGAAAUAUCAAAGUCAAAUAUAUAAAAUUGGAUUUACUAUUAGCACUGGACUUUUAAUAAAGUCUGCUUUGAACAUAAACAAACUGUCAAACAGUUUAAAAAAUCAAAUCGGCUAAGUGCUAAAUUAAUUUUAAAUAUUUAAACCCAUUGCCGGACAGAGUAACGAAUACCCGCCGGCAGUCUUUGAGAACACGAAAAAGUCGUUGAAAAAACAGAAUUCUAAGCAAGAAUGUAUUUAGCCUUAGACCAUUAUGCGUUUUGAUAGACUGUGACACCUAUGCCAACGAAAAUGAUAGAGGUUGACGCUUAACCUCUAUUUUGAGCAAUGAACGCACACUAACACAAAGUGGCAUACAAAUCACCUGUUUGUAACGCACACUGUAGUAAUAUACCUGGCCUGUUUUCAUCGGUUGUCUAGCAGCGAGAGGCUCUAUCUAGACGUAUAAAUUAUCUAAGUAUUUACCAUAUAUUUUCAGUUCCAGUGUGCCAAACUGCACAAGGGCUUAGAAACCCCUUUGAAUAUUUUCAGACUAGCAUAAUAUAUUUGCCCCCUUCAUAUUCUCAAAUUCGUACAUGGCUUUAUGCAACCUUCCUAGUAGUAUCCUAGAGUUACCGAUAAUUCAAUUUUUACGAAAGUAGAAAAAUGUAUUUUAUUUUAACAGUUGACUUAUUUCAUUUGUGUUGUGUGCCCGGUUAUUUUGAUUUGUCACGUGUGUUUAUUUUAUUUAUUAUUUAAUGUAAUAAAAAAAACGUUAGACAAUAACUGAUGAACACAUAAAUUUUCAUUUAAAAUAGUGUAAAAUUUAUAUUUAUUUCUUAUCAAACAACACUGAAUCUGCAUCGCAAACACUCUGUCCAUUUGACAGCUGUCAGUGUCACAAAUGAACAUUGUAAAAUAUAAUAUUGUUUGACUAUUGUGCUUAGAAUAAUUUUAUUGAGUAUUACGUUGAUGGCUUAUUAUAAUGUAGGUAUGAUUAAUAGGUAAUUGUUUUAGUUGUGACUUGUGAAAGCUUAUAUUUAAUUUAUACAUAUAUACCAAUAAUUAAACACCGCGCUUUUACUAUUCCUAUACACUGCCAGAAUAAAAAUACAAUAAAUCAAUAACGUUCUUUUCAAAAAUCAGACAAAUCAUUCGCAGUCUUAUAGCGAAACGUUAAAAGUGUGCUUAAUGUAAGCACACUAUCCUCCUUAGUCGUGUGUCAACUGUCACUUUCCGACACACAUUAUUAUCUGAAUUACUAAUUCGGGCAAUAAUCUAAAUAUGACUUAACAUCUUUGAAGAAUUACCCUAAAAGCUUUGGCUACAUUAUUAUUAAAAUAAUCAACAAUUAAUUAAAAUAAAUUAUUAGUUUUUUUAACUCGCUAAUUUAUCCUUGACAUUCUGUGGAGUACCUAAAAGUUUUUCAAACUGAAAUCAUGUCUUGAAUUUUGGCUGUUAAAGCUUUUUAUCAGUAUAAUGGACAGUUAUUGAGGCAGCUUCUAAAAUGUAAGGUUACCUUUUAUAAUAUUAUAUGUACUUAUGUUUAUUGUAAGGCAGUUUAAUUAAAAAUGUACAAUUAUUCCAACUAUAUUGAGCAUUGAAUAUCAACAAAUAUAUUUUGAACUUAUUGACGAAUGCACUGUCUAACUACAUAUAUUACCAGUGGGCUCCUUUGCACAGGACGGCGCCUUUUUCUGUCGUUAAGCAUUAUUGUGUUUCGGUGUGAAGAGCGCCGUAAUUUUUUUAUUUUGGGGUUUGUCAAGAAUCCUGAGCGGCACUGAAUUGUAAUGGGCAGGGCGUAUCAAUUACUAUUAGCUGAACGUCCUGCUCGUCUUGUCCCUUAUUUUCAUUAAAAAAAGAAAUUACUGGGCAAAUGAGACUUAACAUCUUUUGUCUUAAGGUGACGAGCGCAAUUGUAGUGGCGCUCAGAUAUUUUGGGUUUUCCAAUAAUCCUGAGCGGCACUGCAUUGUAAUGGGCAGGGCGUAUUAUUAACGAUCAGCUGAACGUCCUGCUCGUCUCGUCCCUUAUUGUGAUAUAAAAAAUAUGUGGGGUAUUCGUACAGGGCAGUACUGCCACCACACAUAUUUCGCCUUGUGGAUAUCUAUUACAUGAAAUAUACCAACUUUAAAUCUCAGGGAGAUGGGCACAGUAUGACCUGGGUCGUAUCGUCAAACACUACGUGCUAAAUCGUUUUCUGAUGCGUUACGACUCAGAUCAUAUUCUCACUCAGCAGAUAAUACCGCUCUAUAUCAGGUGGACCAUCUGCUCGUUUCGUUACUUAGAUAUUGCAAUAAAAAAUGGAGUGUACAAUUAAUGAUUUAUUGUAUCUGUUUUUAUUUAAAAACGCUUGCAGUGCUUGCGAACUUUUGGUUGUAGGUUGAAACGUUCCUAUAAAAUAUUUAAUAUAACAUUUUAUUUUGUAGACUGUCGCGUACUGCCACAGAUAAUUUAUUCGUAGAAAUUUGCCAAAUAAAACUAUGUUUUCAAUUAAAUGCCUGUAGAAUCUCACUCUUAUAAUUUAUUGAUUUUCCAAAUUAUUUAACAAUUAUUAUUUGUAAGGUUUUUUAUUUAAAAUUAAUAGAGAUAUUGAAGAAUUGUUUUCGUUGGUUCCAAAGACACUGUUAACCGCUAGAGGCACUGUAUUUAUUGGCAUAGACAAACAUAGUUACUUAGACUAGAUAUAGUAAUAAAUAGAAUUAGUCUGUGGAUGGAUAAUAUCCACAUCAGAAAUGUGAUAUUAUUGAGUCUUUGUAUAAGCCUUAGUUAAGGAAAUGUUUUAUAAAAAUAAAUAUAAUUAAUAAAA